CACGCAUUAAAACAAAACCGGACUCACAUCCAAGUACGCUGGAUGGACCCUUUACAUUAUGGAGCCCAAGAUAUGAAAUCAUUUGGGAGAACCCUCGCGGCUCCAGAGUGGAAGGGCGUUAUGAGCGUUGCUUUAGCGACCAGCCGGCACCAACCUGCUUCUGGCUGUAGGUGGGACAUCCCAGUUUCAAACCGGGCAGGCGUUCUGUGGGUCACAAGAGGCUCCGCCCACCCAGGCCCCGCCUCUUCCCAGCAAAAGCCAGUCACAGCCUGUCCUCAGCUUCCACUUCCGUCAGAUCCUGAGUACUAAAGGUCAGUCUAGCUGGGUGGUCCUAGGGAAUCUGUCCUGGAACUAUGUCCUGUCCUGACCUUAGCGUUGACAGAGGCCACUGACUCGGGCCCCUAAGGAUGAUUGAGGACCAGCUGCAGGCUGAGACAAACUCUGAAAGCACAGGGCCAGGACGCGGGGGAGAGGUUGCCAGGCAACAGUACAGCAGUCCCCGCCCUCCGGUGGGGUGUGCCGGACUGAGGGGCGGAGCUCCCGUGUACCUCCCCCAACCCCCGCCGCCGCCGCUGUGUGUCUGGCCAGGGAGCCUUGCCUCUGCAUUCCUGCUGACCCUUCUAGCUUGGGUGUACUGUUCUGGAAAGAUUGGCUGUCUCCAUCCAUGAAUCGCCUGGUUCAUGCUAGCCUCAUACCUGUGAACGAGUUAAUUCACUUCUCCCGGGAUGUGAAUCCCAUUCCUAGGGAGUGUUAGCUGUUUGAGUCGUAUGCCAAGGCUGUUUUCUAGAUAAAGAAGCCUGACUAAUCACCCACCCACGUUCCAGUGCUACAGUCAGCGCUGUGGUGUCCUCUGGGUUUGCAUUAUGAUUUCCAGAACAUGAAUGGAGAAACUGGGACUCCUUGUGCAUGGCAAAGUUUUAGUUCAAAGUUGUCUGACUGCACUACCAAGCCUAUCUGCAAGCUGGAACCACAGUCUAGUGUAUUUAAAGUGUACAUAACCUAGGUGUGCUCCCACGUGAAUUGAGGCUCCCUAUGGGCCAAGGCUGGGGAAAUCUAUAUCUUAUAAGCUCCAGGUGAUCUUUAGGUGUGUGGAUAAACCUUAGGGUGCCACUGAGUUUAUCAUGUCUUCGCAUUCAAAAGGAAGUGUAAUAAAGCCAAUCUACCUUGUAGAGCACUGGAAAACAGAUGCUGGUGUAUUCUGACACCUUUUCAUCCUCAGAAACAAUGCAGAGGCAAAGGUUUUAAUCAAGUGUGGCCAUGGACAUGAUGAAAAUUUUCUUCCUCCCUACUUAUAUCCUGUGCUUUACCUGGUCCAAGCUUCUGACUAGGCACACCUGUCAUGGCCAAGGUUGGGAAGAACUACACUCCUCCUCCAGCCCUGAGAUUUGUGUCUGCAAUGGCUGAUGAUCAAGAGAGAGACUUGCAGAGAUUUCUGGAAAAUGUGGAUGAAAUAACCAAUUUAAUCCAAGAGAUGAAUUCCGAUGAUCCCUUCAUACAGCAGAAAGCUGUCCUGGACACGGAAAAGAAACUCCUGCUGAUGGAGAGAGAGCAAGAGGAGGACGGGUGCAGGACCACUCUGAACAAGACCAUGAUCAGUCCUCCACAAGCUCCUGAGAAUGCAAAUGAAAUGAACCCAGAUGCCUUCUUGGCAUCUGUGGAGAAGGACGCCAAGGAACGAGCCAAGAGAAGACGAGAAAACAGAGUCCUAGCAGAUGCCCUAAAGGAGAAGGGGAAUGAGGCCUUUGUCAAGGGCGACUAUGAAACAGCCAUUUUCUUCUACAGUGAGGGGUUAGGGAAGCUCAAGGACAUGAAGGUGCUGUACACCAACCGAGCCCAGGCUUAUAUAAAACUUGGGGAUUAUCAGAAGGCUCUCGUGGAUUGUGACUGGGCUCUCAAGUGUGAUGAAAAUUGCACAAAGGCCUAUUUCCACAUGGGGAAGGCCCACUUGGCUCUGAAGAACUACAGCAAGUCUAAAGAGUGUUAUCAGAAGAUCGGAGAGAUAAACCCCAAGCUGAAGGCACAGGUGAAAGAACACCUAAAUCAAGUAACUCUUCGAGAAAAAGCAGAUCUCCAAGAGAAGAAAGCCCGGGAAUCUCUAGAUUCAGGAAAGAACACAGCCAUGACAACCAGAAAUCUCCUGGAGACCCUAUCCAAGCCCGGCCAGACACCCUUGUUCUAUGCAGGAGGCAUUGAGAUUCUGACAGAAAUGAUGACUGACUGCACAGAGCGAACACUGUUCAGAACAUAUGGUGGAUUCAGCAUCAUCAAUGACCAUGAGGUCAUUAAAAGGUGCCUCUUCUUAGCAGGGAAAGAUGCAGUUGAGGAGAUUGUCUGCGUAUCUGUUCUAAAGCUCUGGCAAGAAGUGUGCAUUGACAACGAGGAGAACCAGCGCCUGCUUUUGUCCCACCCUGAUAUGGCCAAGCUGCUGCCUUCCUUCAUGGACUCCAGAAUCCUGGUGAUUCAACAGCAGAGCCUGGCCCUACUGCUGCAGCUCACCCAGACGGAUAAUGGCCGGAACCAAGUGAUCAAGCACCUUGACAUGACCCGACUGUGUGAAGCAUUGCUGUCGUUUCUUGACUUCUCAGAUAAGAAGGCCAAUACGGCCAUCGGACUUUUCACAGAUUUGGCUCUAGAAGAAAGAUUCCAAGUGUGGUUCCAUGCCAACCUUCCAGAUGUCCUCCCUGCUCUCACGGGUGCUCUGAAACGAGAGCCCAAGUUAACCAGCCCCUCGGCCCUCUGCCAGUGCAUUGCUCUGAUGGGAAACAUCAGUGCUGAGCCUACUGCCAGAAGACACAUGCUAGCCUAUGAAGAGUUUGGGGAUGCCUGCUUGGACCUCCUGGUCAAGUGUGAGGAGGACAUGGACCUGUACAGAGAGGUCACCUAUACUCUCUUAGGACUCAUCAUGAACUUGUGUCUUGAGGUCCCCUUCCUCUCCGAGUCGUGGGCAAUGAAGAUAAGCCGGAAGUGCCUGUCUCUACUGAACAGCCAGGAUGGAGGAAUCUUAACAAGAGCGGCGGGUGUUCUGAGCCGGACCCUUUCCUCCUCUCAGACCAUUGUGGAGGAGGCCCUGACAGCAGGAGUGGUCAAGAAAAUGAUUAAAUUCCUGAAGACGGGAGGCCCGACUGCAUCACGUUAUGCCAUGAAGACACUGGCUGUCUGCACAAACAGCUACCACGCAGCUCGAGAAGAAGUAAUGAGACUUGAUAAAAAGUUCAAUGUUUUGAUGACACUGCUUGCCUCAGAGGAUGAAGUUGUGGUGGGCAAUGCAGCCCUCUGCCUUGGCAACUGUAUGGAAGUGCCCAGUGCAGCCUCUUCCUUGCUGAAGACAGACAUCAUGAGGGUGCUGUUGAAGCUGGCAGGCGGCGACUCACAGGAGACGGCUGUCCAGCUGAAUGCAGGCAUCGCUCUGGGGAAGCUGUGCACUGCUGAGCCCAGGUUCGCUGUCCAACUGCAAGAGCUUCAUGGGAUACAAAUACUCAACUCUACAAUGAAACACUUGAAUGAUUCUUGAAAGACACAGUGAGCACACACAACUCUGGGUCAAAGGGGUCACUGCUCUACUAAUAAAUUCUUUUUAAAUGUUUAGCUCCAAAA